CCGUUUUCUAGCAAACACGUGAGUGCAAUACAGGCGAUGUCUUGUCGACUACAGUCAAGAAUUACAACAAUCCUCCUUUUAGCAGCGACAUUCCCUCUCUGUGUAACAACCUAUGGCUCGGGUUUCGAGCGAACUCAUAGCGUACAGGUCAGACAUUCAAUCCUGGAGGAACCCAAGAACUCAGACCAAAGAAAGUUCUUCUCAACCUUCCAUCAGUCCAACAGCACCUACAACUUUCAAUCCGACUCUCCAGGAUUUGAAGCAGUUCAAGGAAAAGUAAAUCUUGCUUCCAGUCAUAAUACUCAAGAAUGGUUACAGAUGAGACCCCUGGUGAGAUGUUCCCCAGCUGCUAUAAUCCUAACAGCCAAAGGAUGGAACUACAUCCACCUUCUCGUGGACCGAGUGGGUUCUUCCCCUGUGUCGAUACUUCACCUGCCUUCUCACUGUGGAUACAAUGUGAAGGCGACACUGAGAGAGCUAGUCCUCGUAGCUCCAUAUGAUGGGUGCUAUGUCUUGCGGCAGAAUGGAAGCUAUGUUUUACCAAUGCGAUGGUGGGGAAUGCCCUUGAGCAUUUCCUGUCCCAUGGCGCAUGAUGCUGAUUCUGCUCUUGCUCCUGCUCCUCCUUCUGGCUUUUGCUCAUACUGGGGAAUAAUGUUAAAGAUAGAGGGGUCUCAAAGAGGUGUAGGAAAGUACAGCAUUAAAGUCAAUAAGAAGUGGGUGCCACUUGUAUCCAACACUUGUGCAUAUCGCAUGGACUCUGCACCCGAAGACCUGAUCCUCUUUAUUCCUUUUCCAGCGCAGUGUACCAAGGAUGGAGGCAGCACUUUGAAUAUCCUCUUGGAUGGGAGCAUGUAUACUCUCUCUUGCCAGGCUCAUCACUAUUUUCCCCAUUACCCUCAAUAUAAGACCUCUGCACAAUUCUCUCAACCACUUCAUCCAUUGCACACUCAGUCAAUCUCACAUGACCCUACUCUAAUCAAACCAGAGAUACCGAAACCACAAUUAGUCCCUGAAAUAACGUCCAUAAAAAAAACACAGCAACAGAUAUUGUUUCCGUCUAAGCAAAAAAACCCAGGUGGUUCCACAGGAAUAACCAUACAGCAUCCUCAGCAGCUCUCUUUACCAUCUGAUGACAUUUCACCCGUCCCUGCUGUACAAUCUUCUGAAAUUCCCCAAAAAACAAGUACAGAAAUGAAUAUCCCACCAUUUCAACCUUCAUUUGGUCAUUUGCAACUGAGCAUGCCUAUAGUGUAUCCCCCUUAUCAAUAUAUUCCUCAUCCCAUAUACCCUUAUUACAACUCACAGAAACCCAUGCCACCCAAAUCACAUCUAACUGUACAUGAGUCAGCGCCACAACAAGACCCGAAGCCUCAGACAGUUACAAAUUACGUACCUCAGACAGGACUGUGGACUCUGAUGCACCAACCUCCUCAGAUGCCUCAGUUGCCUUACCUUCCUCAGGUGCCCCAUCUGCCUCAACCUCCUCAGGUGCCCCAUCUGCCUCAACCUCCUCAGGUGCCCCAUCUGCCUCAGCACCAUAGAUUUCCAGUAGUGGCAAAUUAUUCCUCUCAUCUGACUCCAGUGCUCAGCUGCAAAGGGAAGCAGUUGAGGGCAUUCUUGCCCUCUGCAAAAAUAAACUCCAUUAAAGUCAAAGAUGUAAAGAGGAAGGAUUGGGCGCUGGUGUCAUCUGCACCAGCACAUUGUGGGUACUCAUUGCAUCAUGAAAGCGGGGGUGUGGUUGUAUCUUCCCCACUUCCUGCCUGUCACUCAUAUACUGUGUCCCCCUCGGUACUCUCUCUUUCUCUGAAGUUUUGGGAUCCUGUGAGGUCCCGACACCAUACUGUACGACUCCAGUGUCAUUACACUUCACCUUCUCCUACUUUAGAAGAGUCGUCUGCAACAGCAGCCAGCCUCAUUCCCAAACCCAUUUCCACACGUUUUCAAACACUUAAGCCUGAGAUCCGACCCUUCCCAUCCCCGUACCUUCCUCCAAGCCUCUCUGACUCAUACUUCAAACCAUCAAACCAACCAUCAAUUUUCACAUCUUUGUACCCCCCCAAACCAUCAGCCAUGGCUUUCCAGCAGUCCAAAACCACAAAGGCACCUAAGCGCACAUGGCCAUCACAAAGCACACCCCAAGCUUCUCAGAUGCAUCAACCACAAGUUUUAUGCCACUCAAAAGAUAUGAGCGUCAUUUUACCUCCUGGACCACUCACAGACCUGACAGUUCAAUCUCCCACUUUUGGCCGUAAUGGGAGUAUAAAGGCUGUGCUAUUAGAUGAAGCCCCACAUCACUGUGGAUACUUGAUAAAAAAGAAACCAAAUGGCGGUAUUAAUAUUCUCCUGCCCUAUACAUCCUGUCAUAUGGCUCAUCAGGAUGGACAGUACAGAAUUAUAUUGAAGUAUCAGACAGCGGACGGUCGUAGAGUUGAGGCCAUCCUGUCGUGCCAGGUUCCCAUGAGCUAUGAAUGCAAUCUGCCAUUUGAACAGCAGUUAGCUUGUGGGACAGGCUCUGUAUCGGCAGACGAUUGCCAUGGGAUGGGUUGCUGUUACUGCCCGGUUACUCGGGCCUGCUACUACCCGAUGGAUGAAUGCACAGCUGAUGGUCAUUUUGUCUUCUCCAUCCCUGCAUCGCUCACAGAGCCACCCCUUUCACCCGCCCUCUUGGUUGCAGGUGGCAACAUUUCCUGCACUCCUCAAAGGGUGGUGGCAGAUUUUGCCCUCUUUAAGAUCCCAUUGGAUGGCUGUGGCACUCGCAAAUAUGAGGUGGGUAACACUGUGAUCUAUAUGUUGGAGAUCUUAAACACUUUGCAUUCGGUCACUCAAAACUACGGAACCAUAACUAGAGAUUCACCAUUCAGGUUGCUGGUUGAGUGCCGGUAUAUGCCUGGUACCGUGGCGAGCGUGGGUUACUUGGUUAAAAGCCCAUCUCUCGGCCCAUCCAUUCAGGCCCAGGGAGUGUUUGGGGUUCAGCUCAGGAUUGCAAAAGACCAGCAGUAUAGCAGCUACUACCCUCAAUACCACCGGCCGCUUCGCACCCUACUUGGGAAACCUCUUUACCUGGAAGUGCGUCUGCUGAACCCUUUAGAUCCCAGCGCCGUGCUGUUGGUGCAUUACUGUGUUGCGUACCCUCGCUCUGCAAAUUCGGCAUGGGUCCUCAUCUAUGAUGGUUGCCCAAACCCACUUGAUAUCGCACCAUCCCAUGAGCCCCCUCCCACUCCUCCACAUGAACUGGCCAAGCAUGUGAGAAGAUUCACUGUGAGUACUUUCCAGUUCCUGGAAAACUCUAGGAAGGAAACGGCACCAGCUGUGGUAAAGGAGGAAGAGAUCUAUUUCAUGUGUGCCACUGAGGUGUGUUUACCCUCUGAAGGUCCAUGUGUAGAAGGCUGUAUUAACCGAGCUGUAGAUUCCCCAGCAGUGAAUCCCUGAGUUUGGAGGUGUUAUGGACCUGUUUUAUAUCUUUAUCACUCAGUAUGUUGAGAAAACCCUUCUGUUUAUCACAAAAUAAAGAUUAAAAAGUG